GUAGCCGUGUCUGCAUAGGCUAUCGUUGUGUUCAUAACAUCGGACCAGAGUGUUGUACAUUGAUAGUAUUCUUUUCUGUUAUCUUUUAACAUUCACCAGUUUCCUACAWUUGAAGAAGUGCCAUCAUGGAGAAAGUGAUUUUAGUGACCGGUGCGAACAGUGGCAUCGGCCUAGCCCUGUGUGAGCGGCUGCUCUAUGAGGACAGUCGGCUGCAGCUGUGUCUGGCCUGCAGGAACAUGCAGAGGGCUGAGGCGGCCCGCUCCGCUCUGCUGACCUCUCACCCCGACGCCCACAUAGACCUGCUGCACCUGGAUGUAGGCUCUGUUCGCUCGGUUCUCCACGCCGCCCACAAGAUCAAGGCUAGGUACAACAGACUUGACUACCUAUACCUUAAUGCCGGGAUCAUGCCAAAUCCACAGAUUGACAUCAAAGCCUUUUUCAAGGGCCUAUUUUCUAGCAACGUCAUCAAAAUGUUUGCCACAGCAGAGGGCCUCCUGACCCAGCAGGACCAUGUCAACAAAGAUGGACUACAGGAAGUGUUCGCCACAAACCUUUUUGGUCACUUUGUGCUUGUCAGGGAGCUAGACUCUAUCCUUUGCCAGGCUGGUCAGACCUCCCGGGUAGUGUGGACUUCGUCCAGCAAUGCCAGACGCUCGGCCUUCAGUCUAGACGAUGUCCAGCACAGACUGGGGACCGAGUCCUACGCGUCCUCCAAGUAUGCCUCCGACCUCAUCAGCCUUGCCCUCAACAGACACAACAACAGCCAGGGGCUGUACUCAUCAGUGAUUUGUCCAGGGCUGGUGAUGACCAAUCUUACCUAUGGCAUCCUCCCCUCCUUCUUCUGGACCCUCAUCAUGCCUAUCAUGUAUCUUAUAAGAAUCUUCACCAACACGUUCACACUGACACCGUACAAUGGAGCUGGAGCAUUGCACUCGCUGUUUCUGAAAAAACCAGAGUCCCUGGAUCCGAGGGCAAAGUAUCACAGUUUGACGUCAGGCAUGGGGAGCAACUACACGCAGCCUCGACAAAUGGACAUCGAUGACGACAUGUCAGAGGCCCUGUAUGUGAAACUGCUGGAAAUGGAAAAAGCUGCUCGUAAGAGAUUGAAAGAAGAGGAUGACAAUGAACAAGCCUACAAAAAGUACCUCAACCAGACAGAGUAGUAUUUUGUACGGCUAUUCUCCUUGACUGACUAGUUAAGGCCUAAUCACUCAACUUUUAUUCUAUAGCAUAUAAUCUACAGUGCCUUCGGAAAGUACUCCGACCGCUUGACUUUUUACACAUUUUGUUACGGUACAGCCUUAUUCUAAA